GUCAGCCACGUUAGGUUUCAUUUAGUCCAAGAUGGCGGAGGUGAGCGGGUUGAGGAGCAGAAAUUACUUCGAGCCCAACUGCAAAAGCCGAGGCAUUGACGAAGGCUUGAGUGGUAUGGAAGAUGUCCCCAUUCAUCGGCACAAGCAGAGGCCUCCUUUAGCCCGGCCCGACGACCUGGAGGAUGAACUGCUCCCCAGGACCACCGUCUCAAACUCGGGCAAAAAAGCCAAGCUCACCCCCUCACCAGACGAGUUUGUGGAAGGAGAGGCUGCUGUGAUGGAGGAGGAGGAGGAGGAGGAGGAGGAAGAGGAGAAGGCCAGGCCCAUCCAGAUCGUCGUGGCCAACGAGGACGAGCACAGCUUCGAGCUGGACGCCGCGGCGCUGGAGCAGAUCCUGCUGCAGGACCACGUGAAGGACCUGAACGUGGUGGUGGUGUCGGUGGCCGGGGCCUUCCGCAAGGGCAAGUCCUUCCUGCUGGACUUCAUGCUGCGCUACAUGCACAGUCAGCAACAACCGAGUGCGUCGUGGAUUGGAGGUGAUGAUGAGCCCCUCACAGGGUUCACCUGGAGAGGGGGCUGCGAGAGGGAAACCACAGGAAUUCAGAUCUGGAGCGAAGUCUUUGUGGUCGAAAAGCCUGAUGGCAGCAAGGUCGCUGUGCUCCUCGUGGACACUCAGGGAGCUUUUGACAGCCAGUCCACCAUAAAGGACUGUGCUACUGUGUUUGCCCUCAGCACCAUGACCAGCUCUGUACAGGUGUACAACCUCACCCAGAACAUCCAGGAGGACGACCUGCAGCAUCUGCAGCUCUUCACAGAAUAUGGCCGCCUGGCAAUGGAAGAGAUCUACCUAAAACCUUUCCAGUCGCUGAUGUUUCUGAUUCGGGACUGGUGUUAUCCUUAUGAGCACAACUACGGACUGGAAGGAGGCAACAACUUCCUGAACAAAAGACUACAAGUGAAACAGCACCAGCACGAGGAGCUGCAGAAUGUGAGGAAGCACAUCCACUCCUGCUUCUCAAAUAUCGACUGCUUCCUGCUGCCACAUCCGGGCCUCAAGGUGGCCACCAACCGGUACUUUGACGGCAGGCUGAGAGACAUCGAUAGUGAUUUUAAGAGGGCGCUGGCCAGACUGGUACCUCUCCUCCUGGCCCCAGACCGCCUGGUGGAAAAGGAGAUCGGAGGCAACAAAGUCACCUGCAGAGACCUCCUGGAGUACUUCAAGGCUUACAUAAAGAUCUACCAAGGGGAGGAACUGCCUCACCCGAAGUCCAUGCUGCAGGCGACAGCAGAAGCCAACAACUUGACAGCUGUGGCAGGAGCCAAGGACAUGUACGGCAAGAACAUGGAGCUGGUCUGCGGCGGGGACAAGCCGUACAUCGCCCCGGCCGACCUGGAGCGCUGCCACGAGGAGUUCCUCGAGCACUCGGUGCGUCACUUCUGCUCCGUGAAGAAAAUGGGCGGAGCCGAGUUCUGCCAGCGCUACCAGAACCAGCUCGAGUCCGAGCUGGGCGAGGCCUACGCCAACUUCUCGAAGCACAAUGACGGCAAGAACAUCUUCUACACGGCGCGCACGCCCGCCACGCUUUUCGCCGUCAUGUUUGUCACCUACGUGGUGUCCGGGCUGACGGGCUUCAUCGGCCUGAGCACCUUGGCGUCGCUGGCUAACCUGAUCAUGGGCGUGGCGCUGCUGUCGCUCUGCGCCUGGGCCUAUGUGAAGUACUCUGGAGAGUUUCGGGAGGUGGGGACGCUGAUAGAUCUGGUGGCCGAGACAAUCUGGGAACAGCUUUUGAAGCCACUAAGUGAACAUUAUAUGGAAGACACCGUCAGACAGACGGUGGUUAACUCCAUCAGAGCCAGCUUGACAGAACCGGGCUCGCAGCACACCAAGUUAAAGACUCACUGAUGCAAUUCCUCCUCAUCUUCAUCACCCUCCUGCCCACUCGCCCAAUGUGUUCAAUCCUAGAACUGUGGAACUAGUUCAACACCAAAGCUGACCCUCUUUUAACCCCCCCCCAAACAUCCAUCGUCACCCCAUGGCUGCCCCCAUCUUCAUCUGCUGUGGACCUGCUCUUCAUCGCCCCCCAGUGCCUCAGAGCAGGAACUGCAUGUUCACGAGAGGACGGAGAGAAGCCGGUAACGUCGCCAAAACCGGACCUGAAGGACUGUCCUCUUCUCCAGUGUGCCAUGCUGUGAUAGAUGUGUCUUUUAUUGUAGGCUGUCACACACACACACACACACACACACACACACAUAUGCUGGUAGCGGACUGCACUCGCUUCAGGAUUGAGCUGCAAUUCAGGGAAAACUGACACCGCUGUGGGCAGCUGUUGUCACCAAUGGAUGCAAACUGAAACACUUUUCUGUGCAUUUAAUCGUCUUGUCUUACAAGUCAGAGCUCGGUUUACUUUCUCUUCAGCCUGUUAAUGAACGUUUCCUACAAGCACAAGUGACUAUCGACUAAUGGUGAGGUGAUUGUCGAGUCUGUUAUAUUUCAGUAUAAUCAGGAAAUGGAUUUUAUUGAUUUAUGAAUUGAAAGUAAAUUGAAAAUCCUGUCCUGGACGAGCUGGAGAGACAUUUAACUUUUUAUUUUCCAGUCCGUCUUCUACAAAUCUGAACCGUGUAGAACGUUUCUUCUUCUUCUGACAUGCUACGAGCUCAGCUGCCUGACUCCAUUCAUUCAGUUCCUCUCAAUAAGUGUGGAAGGUUAACCCGGUACCAUCAUCCCACGCUGGGCUCAGGUUGCUUCUAGACGUCCGCACGUCUUUCCCUUUAAUAUGUUGUGAUUGUAAUGGUGAAGAGAACUGUAGGAAGCCUCGAGCUUUGAAGUGUUUUUUUAAAUUAGGACUAAUGUUUUAUCUGGCCUUCAGUGUUUGGCCCUCUGCAUGGUGUUAAGAGCUACUGUGUCGUAGCAUUAAACUAGCUAAUGGCUUUUACAGCCACGGUGUCUGUAGUUAAGUAGCCAGGGAGGACUUUCAUGUUGAACCAUUUUCUCUUCCACUGCAUUUUUUUUUUUUUUUUUUUUUUUUUUUUUUUUAAAGCUGCACUAGAAGGUUUCCCUCACAGGUUUAAGACUUUGAUUCUUGAUUUUAGGAGCCUUAUUUAGUUGGAGCUCAAACUCCUAUUACAUCUUUUAAUGGGUUAGUUAAACAUUUUGGAAAAUACGCUCAUUUGCUUUCUUGAGUCAGUUAAAUUUAUAUCAUCUCUGUAGGCUGAAUAUACAGCCAGCAGGGGGAACAGCCUAAAGCAGCAGCAGCUUAAAAGCUCAAUAAACACGGAAUAUCUUGUUUGUUAAAGUCAUACACGAACCAAAGUGCUGUUUGCCCCUUUUUCCAAUCGUUAUGCUAAGCUAACUGGCUCCAGCCUCAUCUUCCUGUUUAACUCUGUAACAAAGUGAAACGGCGUAUCUCCCAAAACUGUUGAGCUGUUUUCUCUCUGAGCUUUCUCUUUUUGUUGAUUCCAUCCACAUUAUUUCUCACCUCAGUCUCACACUGUACAGUCUCUUCUUCUGUGAUCACAUACGCAAAUCGGGCAUGUUGUUGGAUUCAAUAUUUAAAUAAACUUUGUAUACAUUUUAUAGUGAAUCAGUUGACAAUUUGCUGUUUUCUUGCUCAACUUAACAGUCUGGUUUGUUUAAGAAUAAGUUGCUGCUGUAGGGUUUACGUUAGUUUACAUCCGUUUCAUGAGGAUGCAUGUUAAUAGAAACACGUGGUGUGAAUAUUUGGAUUCUGAUAGGAAAAUCUUUUGAUUGUGACGAGUGGGUCGGAGACAAUGUAUUGUCUGCCUUUUAAAGAUAUCUCCGGUAAUUUAUUUUUGAAUAAAUCAUCAAUUCAA